AUGGCCUGGUUCAUGAGAGGAGUUCAGAGUGCCGUCUUCCACUAUGCCUCGUGCGCACCCUGCACCGGCUACUCAGACGGCAGAAAGAGGCGGAAAGCAGCAAAGGCCGCGCGGAAAGUGAGGGAGAAGCUGGAGCUGGAGCAGCCCGAUGCAUAUCACCAUCCCGAACCGACUGGCACCAAUAUAUACUGGCAGGAGGAAAUCGCCAUGGGCCCGGGACCACCACCACGAAGAGCGCGGAGAACCAACACGGGCACUACAGGCAGCACAAGGGGCAUACCGACACGAGGAACACAGAGCUCGGCUUUGAGCAAGGGCGGAAGCAGCAUUGAUGUCGAUCAAGGUGGCAAUAUGCGCCUCAGCGACGAUACACUCGAGGACGACGAGACGUGGAACCACAAGCGCUAUCAGAGGGAAGAUGAGGAUCUAUGGGGCCACGACGAGCCUUCAAUACAUCUCGAGCAAACCAUGACUGCUUCGUCAGUCGGAGGCGCUGGCUACCAAAUACAGAGACCAGGCACUUCGAGGUCUGGAAGCUAUUAUACCGCGCGCGCACCACCAGUCAACGACCUGCACCCUCCUGUCGUCAGUCUCCCAUCUCCAGACCCGAUUGAUAACCGAUGGAUGCUCCAACCCCCACCCAAAGCGAGUGUCAUGGCUGGGAAAGAGCGAGCAUCCCACAGGAGUCGGAGUGGUAGUGGCGCAAGUAGCCGCGUGGAACUGAGCUUGGGUCGCCAGGUCAGCACAAGGCAAUUGAUGCACAAGCUGGAGCGAGGCGAGACACCUGAGGCACGGUCGACAUCGCCGAAUGGUUCGUAUUCCAAUCCAUCACGGUGCAGGACGCCACAAGCUCGACCGCCUUCUGCCACCAGCAGUGCACGUCGGAGAAAGAGGAGAGACACCGCCAUGGCUCGCGACCUUGCCAUGGCGCGGACCGAUACAAUUAGCACCCAGCAUUCGUCUGGUGACUCCAGUGACACCAUUGUCCGAGGCAAUUCCGCACCUCGUUCCGCAGCCAUUCCGGAUAUCAAAGUAAGACCCGCUCUCUCCACUGUGCUGUCCAGCAACUCGAGUAGGAACGAUACGCUGGUCACAACAACAGACACAAAUGGUAGUGACGAAAACACUCUUCCCAUGCCCACGAAACCCAGUCUAGCACACCACCGCUUCACAACCACAUCGACCCCCGAUUCCAUCCCCUACUACACAAAACACCGUGAACCUCUCAACUCAUCCGAUAUAUCCUCCCUAAACUGUCUUCAAGAUCUCGUUUCGCCACGUGCUCUUCUCAACUCGCGUUUCGUCUCCGCGCCACUCGUAGAAGCCAAAAUACGAUUACCGCCUUCAGAAGAAGACAUGGCAGAAAGAGCGCGACAAGAUCUGUUCAACAGCGGCUUCACCAUAUCAAGAGACUGGGACGAAGAGGAAGAAGGCAUCGUAAGAGUGCCUUUUGACCGGAACUUUGGACCGCCAGAGAGGGACCCCAGGUUUAGAUGGAGUGUCGACUUUUGA